AGCGCCUGUAAUCUCCCCUCCCUCUUUCUGUGCGCGAGAGGCGCAGGAACAGUUGGUGGUGUGGAGCGGUCUGCCCCACCGCGCGCCGCUCUAACGUGCGGUUGUGGCGAUGAGUGGGAACUGGAAUAGGGGCGCGUGGAGGCCUAACGCUGAAGCAGUAAUGCAGUCAAGCAAUCAAAAGCGAAAGGUGAAGUUUAGUUUGGAUGAUGACUCCAUUGAAUCUCCAAGAAAAUAUGCAAGAGAGAUGCCUCAGUUUUCACGUUGGAAGCAGGCCAGACAAAGCAAUAAUGGUUCUGUGCUGGAUCGUGUAGACAGCAUUCAGAAAAUCGCAUUGAAGACUAACAAAGAAAUGGGGCCAGCCUUUAGUGGUAUUGAACAAGUGAAUUCCACACCAGAAACUCAUGGUGCUGUCUUCAACUGUACAAAUCAAUGGAAAAGGAGUAUUUCAUUUCGGAAGACACUGUUUGGUGAUAAAAAUCACAAUCCGAAGAGAUCAACAUCAAGAUCACCAAGUCUGGAGCAUGCUGAUGAGAGUACCACAAACGAAAGGGGAAGUCCUCCUACAGUUUUGAGCAGUACCUUGAAGCAGGGAUCCAUCUCUGUGGUCCAGAGAAGACAUCACAAAAAUCACAUUCAACAAGAGACUUGGAAGGCAGCAUCAACACAGGGUGCUAAAGUCCUCUGGCUUAAAGCCUUAUCGGAAGCUACUGGUGGUGCUUUAAGUAAAAAGCAGCCACUAAACGCCACUAGAACUAGCAACCACUCCAAAGAAAAACAGGCUGGAUUAGUAUCUACAGAACCUCUCUCAAAAUAUUGUGGGAAAAAACCUAGAGAGAUUUGCCAAGAGAAGAACAAUGUCCAGGAUUUGUUUCAAUACAGCUGUCAAGAGCAUGAAACUGAUGAGGAAAAUAAUUCUGUAGAACCAAAGUGCAACAAUGAAUUGAAUACCUCUUCAAGAAAUAUUUUCAAAAAGCCGAACCCAGAGCUGGUAUUUGAGGAUGUAGCUCUGGAUAAUAAGCAAAGCAUGAAUGAAAGAAACGAAAACAUCUUUUCAAAAAAUGAUACUGAUCAAUGUAAAAUAUUCAUGAAAUUGACCCCUCAUGAGGAUCCAUCCUUUGGAAGCAACUGUUCUGAUGUUGAAGAUCUCUCUGCUUUAGCUAUGUCUCCACUGGAAGAUUCCAGUCCAACAUGCAACCUGAAAAACUACAAGACCAGUACGCCAUUAGCAGCCAAAUAUGUAACCCAUCCACCGUUCAUGUGCUUGAACCCUUCUUAUCCAUAUUCAGAAUACCGAGCAAGCCCUCAAACCCCUCAGCAAUCUUCAUCGAACAUUCUUUACAAAAAUUGGUAUCAGCCUAACUGUGAAGAUAGAACAGAAUCUUCUUCAAGCCAUUUAGUAAAUUCCUCACAAUGUUUACAGUCCACUAUUCACAGUAGCUUGUCUUUUGAAUCUUUUGGCUGCUCAUUACGUCAGUUUGAAAACAGCAAUAGCCUUAAUACGAGUACAGGUUCUCUCGACUCUUCAGUACUCAAUUCUGAAGCCCUGGCUGAUGAUUUAGAGAAUUGUCGUGAAGUAAAGUGGGGGUUGAACUACCAAAAGGAGGGCUUUAUAGACACACACUGCCAUUUGGACUUUUUGUUCUCUAAGUUGUCUUUUAGUGGGACAUUUUCAAACUUUAUGAAAGUUUAUGACAGCACAUUCCCAGUGGAGUUUCUUGGGUGUAUCACAGAUUUUUGUGACCCUCGUAGUCUGGUUCAUGGGAACGUAUGGGAAUCUAUACUGGAUGAACCACUGGUUUGGGGUGCUUUUGGCUGCCACCCUCAUUUUGCCCGUUACUACACAAAUUUACAAGAAAAGGCGAUUAUUCAAGCACUGAGACACCCUAAAGCAGUUGCUUUUGGAGAGAUAGGAUUGGAUUAUUCUUACAAGUGUUCAACAGAUGUUGCCAAACAAAAGCAGGUCUUUGAAAGACAGCUAAAACUUGCAGUGGCAUUAAAGAAGCCUCUUGUCAUACAUGGCAGGGAUGCUGAUGAAGACUUAUUUGAACUAAUGAAAACUCAUGUCCCAAAGGACUACAGGAUUCAUAGGCAUUGCUUUACAGGCCGAUAUGAAGUGAUUGAACCAUUUCUACAGGAAUUUUCUAAUUUGUCAGUUGGAUUCACAGCCCUGUUAACUUACCCAACUGCUGUUAUGGCCAGAGAAGCAGUAAAAAGAAUCCCUAUAGAGAGGAUUGUCGUGGAAACUGACGCACCAUAUUUCUUACCAAGAGGGAUUUCCAAGAGGGUUUGUUGCUAUUCCCAUCCAGGACUUGCCUUAUAUACACUAAUGGAAAUUGCCAAGCAGAAAGUUAUGAAACUAUCUACAGUUCUUUCCAUAGUGAGAAAAAAUACCCAAGAUAUAUAUGGAAUAUAAGCAAGGCACCAAACUUAAUCCCAUUUUAAUUGCUUUUUAAACUGUGUUCCAUAAUGAAUGAACUUAUCCCAGCUUGGAAUGAUAUUUUUCAGCUUGCAUUGUGUGUAAAACUAACUGAAUUCACAUUUUUGAGUAUGAUUUCUUAUCAACUUUGAAUAUUGGAUGUUGCAACAUUAAUUUGUGGUGAUUCACUAAAUGUAAAAGAUGAUGGGUCUUAAAUUUGAGUAUGGAUUUUUCACCUUUGCAAGCCAAGAUUUUAAAUAUUGAUAAGAUGAGUGGUAAAUACUAACACUAAUAGCUCAAUAUUUGUUUCUAGCUAUGACUUUUUUUUCCCUUGACUGUGAAUUAAAAAUUGCAACUCUUUAAAAAUCAAA